AUUUUCAUGAUUAAAUCGGUUUCGGAUUCAACCAUGUUUUAUGGCUACAAUUUAGAGCCCAACCCGCCAAUUUACACUACUAUAUAGAACAAAUGUAGAAAAAAUUAGACAGAAAAUUUCUUCCAAAGACUUUCAGAUGUUGUUUUGAAUGAGAUUAAUUUUUAGACAUGUUGGAAGGUGCCACAAUUUGAUAAAAACUAAUCCAGUGUUCUUAUAAUCCCUUGGAUAUUCUAACGUUGGUGUUUUUCCAUUUUUGAGGCUGCUGCUAAUACUACUCCCUAUUUCACUUCCAUCCAAUUCUUUAUGGUCUUCGUACUAUGUUGAGUUUGAGCAGCUCCCGAACACUUUUCUCCCGUCACCACCACCACCAUCAUCAGCUCUACUUGAAUCCUCAUCUCCAAUUCCAAUUAGCCCUUAAUUUCUCUUCCUCUAAAUAUUGCUACUGUAACCAUGGUUUGAGUCCUAGAAAUUCUUUUUCUCUGUUUGUUCUUAGGCCAGCCUCCAUUCCUUCCUCUUUCUCUGCAACAAAAUUUAGGUUUUUAUCAAAUUGUACUGGUAAUGCCAGUUUUAGUGAUAAUGAUAGGGGAGGCCCUUCUCCGCGAUGUGUCCAUCACGCCCAAAGUCACCCCCUUUCAGGUUGUUUAAGCCAAAAUGAAGAUGGUCAGGAGCCUCCAUCUGAACUAUUGUCCCCUGUUGCAGGCGGGAUAGUUGCUUUGGGAAAAUUUGAUGCCCUUCACGUUGGCCAUCGAGAACUUGCAAUCCAAGCAUCAAAAGUUGGAAUCCCAUUUCUUCUAUCUUUUGUUGGCAUGGCCGAAGUACUUGGGUGGGAACCUAGGGCACCGAUAGUUGCCAAAUGUGAUAGGAAAAGAGUUCUCAAGUCUUGGGCGCCAUACUGUGCUAAUGUAACACCCCAGGAAUUUGAGAUUGACUUCUCUAAAGUUAGGUCUCUCAGUCCACGUCAGUUUGUCGAGAAGCUAUCCAUGGAGCUUGGGGUACAUGGCGUGGUUGCAGGUGAAAACUAUAGGUUUGGAUAUAGGGCUGCAGGCGAUGCAUCUGAUCUAGUUAGGUUAUGUGAGGAGUACGGCAUGGGAGCUUACAUAAUCAAUUCGGUCCUGGAUAAGAAUCAACCAAACCCUAACGGGAUCUACAAUAGCAACUCAAAGGAGCAAGGCCAAGUUUCAUCAACACGUGUACGCCAUGCCCUUUCUAAAGGGCAAAUGAAAUAUGUGUCGGAGCUUUUGGGUCGGCACCAUCGACUCAUGCUGAAUUUCAACCAGCAGGAAUGUACUGUUAGUGAUAACAAGGUUUUGGUGCCGAAAUCUUGUUUACUAAAUCUUGCCCCUGUCGAGGGUUUGUACAAAAACUGCUGUGUCUUGAUUGGCGAUGAGGAUGUGGAACCAUGCAGAGUAGUCAUUGAUACAACUCACAUUCAUUUGGAAUUGGAGAAGUCAGAUAUUUGUACCGCUCUUACCUCUCCAGAGAAUCAGUUAUUAGGGAUUGACUUUGGUGAUUGAUGUUAAUGCCAAAAGGGUUUUUUCUCUUUUUACAUCUUUCUGCUGUAGAAUUUGCAAUUCUUAUAUAGUACUGAUAAAGUGUUUUUGCUGUAUACUGUACAUAUCUUCGCCUGAACAAGGCUUCAUCCAACACAACCCCUAGCAAGAGGGCACGGAAAUACAGAGAAUCAUGAAAAUAGAAGGGCUGAUUUGUUGCUGUAAUCUGUAGAGUGCAAGAUUUUCUUUACAGAUUUAACUGACUCUGGUGGCAUUGUUCUUGGUUACUUAUUGACCAACAUAUAAGUUCACAAAUCUAUAUAUAAAGUCAAAAAUCAUGAGAAGCUAUCAAUAUUGUAUAUACAAUAUUAAGAGUCUUUAAGACUUUUUAAACGAUGCUACCAAGAGCAUUACUAGCGUCUUACAUAGUUGAAAAAGCC